CAAAAUGUAUCUCGUGUGACCUAUAUCUCUAUCUUGAAAAAGAGAUAGCACUAUGCUUUUUUUAACAUAAUUUAAAGUGAAACUAUAUAAUACAUGCUCUUAUUUUUCCUCGCUGUGGCGAUUACGUGUAACUUUUUUACCAAUUCAACUCCUAGUUUAGACGUAGGUCUGUAAACACUUGUGUUUGUGUGUAUAUAUAUUUUUCCUGUAAAAUAUUUUUUAAAUAUUGAACACAGAAAAUAUAUAAUUGACAUUUUUUUGUGUUGAUAUUAACAUAAACUUUUAUGUUAGAGAGAGAGAGAGUUGUGUGAGACUCGUAUACUUUAACUUCCCUAUAUUUUCUCAUACAAGCAACCAGUUUUGGUUUCUCUCUCACAACUUCCCCGGAACCACUUUUUUUUUUUUCUUUUCAAAAUCUCCAACGCAGAGAGAAAGUGAUCGGAGAAUGGCUACGGAGCAUAUUACACGUACGUCGGACCAAUACAAUGUCGAGCUUUUACCUAGCGACGAAGAUGCGCCGCCGCUUUCGUCGUCCUGGCGUCUCAGCCUCGACACUUUUCGACUUCCUUCUUCCCCGUCGUCCACCGGCCAUCACGACGUUCGAACUCGCUUUUCCCGCUACUUCCGUACUCCCAGGAAGGAACGUAAAGUCUCUGAAUACUACAAGAAGCAAGAGAGGCUCCUCGAAGGCUUCAACGAGAUGGAGUCUAUCCAUGAAACCGGUUUUGCUUCUGGAGCUCCAACUGAGGAAGAAAUGAAGAAGCUUGCAAAGAGUGAGAGACUGGCUGUUCACAUCUCCAACGCUACAAAUUUGGUGCUUUUUGUGGCAAAGGUUUAUGCAUCUAUGGAGAGUAGAUCCAUGGCUGUGAUUGCUUCAACUCUGGACUCUCUCUUGGAUCUCUUGUCUGGUUUUAUUCUCUGGUUUACAGCUAAUGCCAUGAGAAAACCAAACCAUUUUCAUUAUCCUAUUGGCAAACGACGGAUGCAACCUGUGGGCAUCAUUGUGUUUGCGUCCGUGAUGGCAACUCUUGGACUGCAAGUUUUGCUAGAGUCAGGAAGGCAACUAGUCUCCAAGAGUGGUAUUCAUAUGAAUAGCACAGAGGAGAAAUGGAUGAUAGGGAUCAUGGUCUCUGUCACCAUAGUGAAGUUCCUACUCAUGCUUUACUGCAGAGGUUUUCAGAACGAGAUCGUUAGGGCCUACGCUCAGGAUCACCUCUUUGACGUUGUCACCAAUUCAAUCGGCUUGGCAACAGCUGUCUUGGCCGUCAAAUUCUACUGGUGGAUUGAUCCCUCCGGUGCUAUACUUAUAGCUUUGUACACCAUAGGGACAUGGGCAAGAACCGUACUAGAGAACGUCCACUCGCUGAUCGGACGCUCAGCCCCUCCAGACUUCUUGGCGAAACUGACGUUCUUGAUAUGGAACCAUCACGAACAAAUCAAGCAUAUCGACACAGUAAGAGCCUACACUUUCGGUUCACACUACUUUGUAGAGGUUGACAUUGUGCUGCCAGAGGACAUGAGACUGCAAGAGGCUCACAACAUCGGAGAGACUCUUCAGGAGAAGCUCGAGCAACUUGCUGAGGUGGAACGAGCUUUUGUUCACAUAGACUUUGAGUUCACUCAUCGUCCUGAACACAAGUAUAGUUAGUUUUCGAGCUUUGUAGAAGAACACAGAUCAGAAAUAAGAUUCAGGAGGUGAAUGAUAUGAGUAAUCUUCUCUCUAGUUUUUGUUCUCUAGUUUUUGUUCUCUCACGUCGUUUUGUCUGUAUGGAGAUAGAAUGAAUGUCGUUUCUCUAAAUAUGCGAAAGAAAUGUGUGUGGUUUAACUA